AUGGCUGCGAUCACUGAGAAUGAUCCAAUGGCUGUGAUCACUGAGAAUGUACACACUGAAAAGUACAUUGAUGUUGCCAAAGAUGUUCAUGACAUUUGUGUCAAGAGCGAUGGCGAAAAUACCAUUGGUGAUGGAACUGAGAAAAUCUCGAUCACAGUUUCCAAAGAAGAGUCUGAGCUCAAACCUGAAUCCGAGUUAGAUAUGCAGAAUCUUGUGGCCAUGUUCAAGAAACUGAAUCCUUUGGCAAAGGAGUUUUUCCCUUCUUACUACAACACCAAGAAGAACAAUCAUAGUGGGAAAGACAAUCAAAUUCUGUCGGCUGACGUGGCUAAAAAGAAUCAACCCGGUGAAGAAUUUGAUCAUGAUCUCAAGAAGGAUGACAAUAACCGGAAGAAAAGAAACGGUUAUAGCCAAGGGAGGAGGAGGUUAAAUGGAAGAAUUUCUAAGGCUGAGAGAGAGGAUAGUAUUAGAAGAACAGUAUAUGUUUCUGACAUUGACCAGAGUGUGACUGAGGAGGGUCUUGCUGGCUUGUUUAGUAACUGUGGACAAGUAAGAUGA